CAGCCCAAGCAGCCAGGUGAAAGUACUGGGAGUUGGCCUCAAUGGCCUCGUGGCCCCACUUCAUGCCGGCAGCAAGGAACCAGGUGAGGGAGAGGAUGACCCACCAGAUGGAGCUGGCCAUGCCAAAGAAAUAGAGCAUCAUGAAGAGGAUGGUGCAACCCUCCCGCUUCGUGCCCUGUGCCACGGUGCGGGAGCCGUCCUCGGCAAAGCGCUCGUUGCAGACCACUCUCUCCUCCAGGAGGAAGCCGGCGAUGUAGGCCACGGCCACCGCCGUGUAGCAGCCCGAGAGGAAGAUGAUGGGCCGCUCAGGGUAGCUGAACCGCUUCAUAUCCACCAGGUAGGUGAGGACGGUGAAGAGGGUGGAGGCACAGCAGAGCACCGACCAGAUGCCGAUCCAAGUGCGGGAGAAGCGCAGCUCCUCGGGCCCGAAGUACAUGAGCCCGUAGAGGCGGCCGGGCUCGCAGGGCGCCCCGCAGUCCUUCUCCCCCAGAAAGCGGUAGUUCAGGUAGGAGGGCACCUUCAGCGCCCGCGGGCAGGUGAAGCGCCCACGGGGCUCGCCGGGCCCCGGGCCCCCGGGGCCGCCGCCGGCGCCCCCGCGGUGGGGGUUGCUGGUCCAGCUCUCGGGGCGCAGGGCGGGCGUGGGGGUGCCGCGCUCGGAGGCGUUCUGCCCCACGCACAGCUCGCCGGCCCCGUGCACGGGGAACUUUUCGCAGCGCAGCGUGUCGGGCCACUGGAAGCCGAACUUGUUCAUGAGGGCCUCGCAGCCCUGGCGGGCCCGCUCGCAGAGGGAGCGGCAGGGCGGCAGGGCCUGCUCCAGCACGGUGCACACCGGCGCGUACAUGGAGCAGAGGAAGAACUUGAGCUCGGCCGAGCACUGCACCUUCACCAGCGGGUAAAACUGGUGCACCUCCAGCCCCGCGUCCUCCUGGUUGGUGUGGCCCAGCAGGUUGGGCAUGAUGGUCUGGUUGUAGGCGAUGUCAGUGCAGAGCGGGAUGGAGAUGGGCUGGCAGUAGCCGUGGUCCGGGAUGGAGAUGCCCCGCUCGCCGUUGGACUGCCCCCCGGCCGGCAGCACCGCCGCCCAGAGUAACACCAGCAGCAGAGGCAGCCGCGGGCACCGGCCGCCGCCAACUUCCCCGCCGCCGCUCACCGCCGGCCCGCGCCGCUCGGCCAUGCUCAGUCGGUGCCGCCUGCCCUGCUGGGCUUUCGCCGCCCCGCCGCCGCCGCCGCCGCCGCUGCUCCUCCCGGCCCGAACUUGCGACUCAUGAAGGGAGCGGCGAGCAGGGACGGGGCAGCCCCGGUCGCCACUCGCGCGGCCGCGGCGCGCAGCGCGCAGCUCUCCCCGCACCGGCGGCAGCGACCGCCGCGCCUCCGACUACCGCCACCGCCUCCGCCGCCGCCGCCGCCGCCUGACCAUUUGUGCCGGCCCCUCGAGCCCGCGCCCCUCGCCUCGCCGCGCCGCGCUCCCUCCGACCGGUUUCCAGGCGCCCCGCAGUCUGCCUUCACCGGAGGGAGGAGCCUUGAAACCGACGCCGAACUUUCCUGCACAAAGAAGAGUGAGAAGAAAAGUGAGAAGAGCAACAAAGUAGUCAGAAGUGGGAUAGCUGCAAGAACAGAAAGUGUAAUGGCAAGCUAUUGAAGGCUGCCACUGCAAGCACUAGCAAAGCAGGCAAAACAGAUACUUGGAUGUUAAGGAACACAAGGAGGUUGCAGCUAAAGGCAAUAACUCUACCAGUUUUAAGGAGAGGAAGAUCCCGCUGAUCCAGCUAACUAAAGAAGUUUGACCUUAGUCACUGGUGGAAAAAAUUAUCUUGAACAUAUUUACCAACAUAUUAAGGCCAGUUUCGGAGGAAGCAGAGGGCCAGACACAAUAUGACUUCCAAGCAGACACAAGCUGUAUUGAUCAAAUUAUCACUCUUGACAACCAAUGGGAGGGAAGCAAUAAAAGUGGGUUAAAGCUUUUGGAGGAAAACAGCUGGCUUGACUGGAUACAAUAUAGAGAGUGUGGAUGUCAUAUAGUGUUUCGGAUAAUUGUAAUUCUAAAAGGUGCAUGUUGAGACUCCUGUAGUGCAGUAAGAAAUGGUAGAAAUGUCAAGCAAUUGGGUAAGUCCAAGGAGCAGGGGGGAAUUGAAUUACACUCAUUUUCCAUCAUGAAGCUGAAUGUUGCUGAAUUAGGCUUGGACAGCAUAAUUUUGAAAGAUCUAUAGCAAAGCUUUUCAUUAAAUAUAAAUUAUAGUUGAUCACUGGCAAAUAUGUCUGAUUUAAUGAAAGCAUUAUUUGCCACCUCGGAAAACUGGUUUUGUAGACUUGAACUUAAAAUUAGUUCCAAGAAGAUGGUACGGAGUUCCAAGAAGAUGAGGUGGCUGCAUCUUGGAGAAGGAAGAGUAUAUACUAUGCUGACAUGCAACAUAAAGGAAGUUACAGAGAAGUCCGGUCCUACAUGUGGUUAUAUCGACAUCAGCAUCAGUAAGUUCAGCAUCAGUGGUUCAGUAAAGAUGAAUUAAAACAGUCGUGUACCUUAGUCACAAAUGGUGCACAGUAGAUGAUGAGAUUAUGGAUCAAUAAGGAUAAUACAUAUACAAUCCAUAUGGGGUUUUGUCAAAUUUAUUACUUCAUGGACUGGAAAUAGCUCCAGUAAAUGAGAUAAAAUUGAAAAAAAAAGACCAGGGACGGCUCUUCAAAAUAUUGCAGGUGGAAAUGGAAAACAUUUUAAGAUAUCAGAGAUUGAGUCACAAAAUCAAGGCAAGGGACUGACUUUAAUUAAAAGAUUAUAAUGAUUAUGAUAAAGCAGACCACACCAACACAUGACAUCAAAACCAAAACCAACCAACCAAAAAAAAUGCAUUUAAGGCCUAAAAGCUGAUAUCAAGUUCAUGGCUAGAUAUUGCAUUAAAUUAAGCUUUGUUUAAUAGUGGAAUAAUCCGUGCAUAGGAAAGACCAACAAUGGCAUAGUGUUCCUCAGAUCUGGAAGGACACUCUAGAAAGCCAGAGAAGAAAAGGACUAUUUAUGCAUUUUGGAUGAUAAUUAAAAUACCUAAGUUUUCUACAGCCCUAAAAUUUAUGUCUGGCUACAGAAAUAGUCGUAAACAAUCAUCACCAUUAACAUCUUGUAAAAAAAACCCACAAAUUGAGAAGUUUUUUCAAACAAAGAUGUCAACGUAGAUUCACUGACCUACAUAUUUAGGACACAUGCACAUACAGCACACACAUUUGCACAGUAAGAAGAGAGAACAGAAAAAUCAAAUGCACAAAAACUGCAGAAAUAUUAUGUGCUUGCCAAGACUCAGACACAAGUCUUCACAAGAGUCUGUUUGUAAGCCAAUUCAUAUUUGAUUAAUUGAAAUGACAUCUAAUGGAAAUUAAAUAUAUACAAUAAAAUAUGUGUGUAUUCACCUUUACAACAAAGGUAUUAAUACAAAGGUACAGUAUUGAGAUUGUCUAGGAAAACAUCUUGUCCUAGAAAAUGUAAAAGCUUUGUGUUCAAAGGAUUUGGAAAAUAAACUCCCUUUCUGUGGA